GACAAUCCCAGCGACGCUCAGGUGCAGCCCUUCUAGUUUGGGCUGUAUGUAUGCACCUGAAUGUUGAAUGCUGACUCUGGUUAGUAGUGUACUGGAUUACGUGGAGUCUUUGCGGCCAGACCGCCUACCGUUUGAAACCGGACCACAUCGUCAUAUUGAGGUACUAGUCUCAUAAGUGGCAUAGUGCCUUGCAACGUUUGUAUCCUGAGGGCCUCACUUGUAUUCUGUAGGCUACAUGUUGAUGUCACUGGACUCCCAGGCACUAGUGGACGAUGCGAUUGCCGCGCACGACCGCGAAAUCGCAAGACUUGUAGAAGAAAAACGUUUGCUUAGGACCCGCAGGAACACACUCGCUCCGAUCAACCAGCAUCUUCCUCCGGAAAUGCUCUCGGAGGUUUUCCUCUCGCUAUUCCGUUUGCAUCGCGAUUCCUGGGGCGCCGCCGUGCGACUUCCACUUCCUCACAACUGGUUAACGGCCACCUUCGUUUGUCAGCACUGGAGAAACAUUGCUCUCCGUACGCCCUCUCUCUGGACUCACAUCAUUCUUACGCGCUCGGAUAACAAGCCAGAGCGUAUCCUCCGUCUACACGAAUGGGUCAAGCGCUCUGGGCGAUUACCGCUCACGAUCGAGCAGCUUGAGCUGGUCCUAAACCUGGACCUUAUCUCAUAUACUUUUGGGCCGUCGAUUAUGUCCUUGAUUAUGCAGGUGGCUUCUCGAAUACAGCGACUUGCGAUGACUUUCGGAGGUCCCAUAAUCACUCAUGCAGUCCACGAGGGCCGCACCCUCGACUCUCCCUCUCUCGAAAGCAUUGCUGUCGUCCAAACGCCCAAGUUGGCCCCAAAUUCGUAUAAAAUACUCCGCGAAUAUCUUUGGCCUGCAAUCAGGAGCCUUCGAUGUAUGCAGACGAGUCCUUCGCUCCUCCAGGCCCUUAUCCGUAACACGCUCACGACGCUAUACGUCAAAGAGUGCACCCCUCCGCCUACGAUAGGCGAAUGGCUGUUAAUUCUGGGAAGCUUGCCAUCUCUCGCACACCUGACGCUGAUACGUUCGGUUAGCCAGGACAAUGUGACGUCGAAGACGGGAAUGGAGGUCGGACUACCGGCUUUACGACACCUGUGGAUCCGAGACCGUGAGGGUGGCAUCUCCAGCGCACAGCUCCUCUCCUGCAUAGCGAUACCGAAUAAUGUCAGGGCGCACAUUGCUGGAGACGAGCCUGUGCAAGAGGCUGGCGCUCGUGCUAUACUCGCGCAGGUCGCGGCCAAAGCAGCUGGAGAGGGCAUAAUCGGGGAGCCCUGGAACGCUCGCGUGUGUGUGGCAGACUACUCACACGGUCCCGGAGACCAGCACCAUAUCACACUUAUCCUCUACACGAUGAAUCGCCCGCUGCGCCCCGACGCAGACAAAGACAUGAGCGACCAAAAUACCGGAUUCUCUGUUACCCUCGCCCUCGGACGCAACACGUCUAUGCGAGAGCCCAUUACCCGAGCCUUCUACUCCCUUAUCUCUCUUUCGGAAGUCGAAGGCCUCAUGUUCCGCGGGUCGAUCAAGAAGGCGGAGACGUUCUCGUCGCUCUUGCAACCGCAGAUGGUUCGCCAAGUCGAGGCAUACACGCAAUGCUAUACCGCGACUAGGCUUCUGCGCCUGCUCCAAACGGGCACCGCGGUCAACGACACCCUUUCGUUUCCGUACCCCGAGCUACAUCGGCUUACUCUCACUAUUGUCUCCCGGCGCAACUAUGCCCACUCGGGCAGUCACCACGCCCAGACGUUUGUUCGUCUGCUGGCGGACACUCUCGAGGAGCGCGCCAAGCACGGGCUGCGCACCAGACACCUCACGCUCACGUACUGCGUCCAGAUCAACAUGACCGCGUGCGAAGAGGAUUUUGCGCGAUUGCGAGGGUUAGUGAAGGAUUUCCACAUCUUGCAAAGCGUACAUGAUACCGGCGAAGAAUACACCGAUGAGGAGGAUGACUCUGACGAAGAAGGUUAUCGAGCGUAGGCAAAGCUGAUGGGAGAGCACGCCGCCAUGGAUUGGGCCUUGGAAUUGGAAGGGCUGACGCUACAAAUAAUGUAUCAACGAGGCUUAUUCAUAGACCCGUUACAGCGAGACGAAUCUUCGUCUGAAACUACUGUAUAUAAUAUUCUGCUUCGUUCUGACGAAACGCAUACCUAAAGCAUAGUUCCGUGCUCGUCGAGCACCGGGGCCAGACUGUCCUUUUCCGCAUGCUCAAUUGGUUCGGUAGAGGUCAAAAAACGACUUUUAGGCGGGAUAAAGGAUACGGCAUUACUGUGACCCACAGUCUGCCGUACGAAUGCGCGGGCUUGAUCGAACGUGCGGAAUGUUAUUAUGCUCGCAUUCAUGUCCAGCAGGUUCAGCGAGGGAAGCUCCAUGC